AUGGAGGUCGCCCGUUAUGAACCAACUGAAUAUUCUCUCGUUCAAACUGAUAACAAUGAUUAUCGAUUACCUCCAAUCAAUACACGUUCAGAAAACACUGUCAAAUCUGGUGAUGGAUUGAGUUAUACUAUUGGAGACAUGCGUUACACGCUACCACCCGCUCAUGCUCUACGAGCAUUUUCUGAACAACAGACGGGUGAAAUUGACUCUUGGCCAGGAUCAAAUAUAAUGAAUUCUUCAUCGAAGGCACUUGCUCUAAAUAAUAAAGGACGUUUAAUUACAACCGGAACGAGUUUAAAAGGCAAGCUUGACACAUCACCAAAACCCAAGUUUUUAUCAAUCAUUGAAGAUUAUUUAUACAAUGAACUGAAAGUACUCAAAUGUGAAGAAACAAAACCAAGUGACGCUCGAUUGCAAGUAUUUCGUGAAGUAUUUUCGAGCAUUAUCGACGAUUUUAAAACAUAUAAGCCAUUAUUGUCUGCCAUCAAAAAUGAAUAUGAAAUUAUGAUUUCCAGUUUAAAUGAACGAAUACAACAACUAGAACCAUUACGUCAAAAUCUUGUGUUAUUAAGUGAACAAUGUGAUAAAAAACUGAUGCAGUUUCGAAAAGAAGAAAAAGACGAACUUGUUCGACUAAAGAAUGACAAAAGACUAUUGGAACUACAGUUAAGUCAUUUGGUCAAUGAAAAAUCACAAUUGAAAUCCAAUAUAGAAAGGCUUCAAGAAGAAGUUGUCGUUCAAUAUGAACUUUAUCGAAAAGAAUUGGAUGCAAGAAAGUUAUUGAUUAAUGAUGCAAAUGAUUUAAGAUAUCAACAAGAAAAAAGAGCAGAUGAUAAAGAAGUAGAUGAUCAAGGAAUGAAGAAGGAUGAUCCAAUAAUGAUGAAAAUUGCACUAAAACAAACUCGAAAAGAUUUAGAUCGAGCAUUAACAAAAUUAACUAAAAUGGAAGCCGACUAUAAUGAUGUUGUACCUCGACGGGAUUUUCUUGCAUUAGAAGUUAAAUCAAAAGAUUUUCUUGAAAGAAUUAAAGAAUUACAAGAACGAAAUGAAAACUGUGUCAAAGAACUUGAUAUUUUAAAAACACAGAAUGAAACUUUAAAAGAAGAAUCUCAACGACUUCAACGUGAAAAAGAUGAUCUUAGCGUAAAAACGCAAGCAACACGAGAUGAAAUGACACCCAGACCGGAAUGGAGUUUAUGUGGGGAAGUAAUUGACGGAGGUCAAGAACGUUGGCAAUCAAUAACAAAUAAUAAAACAAGUCAAGAAAAACUUGUUACAAUAUUAAAUGAGUUCACUGGAGGUGGAAACGAUGGUGAUGAUCAGUCGAAUGUUGAGCAGUUGCCUCCUUAUGGUGAAGGUGAAAAUGUUCCAUUUCAUUUACGGUCAGCAAAACCAAUUAAAAAUCGUCGACUUACACGGCGCGAUGUGGCCGUAUUGAUCACUGAGAUUUGGAAUGAACGACGUGUAUCUGAUAAACAGAAUGGUCGAACAAAAUCUCUUUCUGAAUUUAUUUAUGAAUUUUUCCGUAAUCGUUUUGGAAAUCAUAAUUCAGCUGUUGAAAUGGCAUACAAUUUGGACUAUGCCUGUAAAAAAUUUAAACAUAAUGAAAAUUGUCAGUUAUUCCAUAGUAUCCUAUCAGGACAAGCUGAUGAAGAUAUUUACCAUCAUACUAAACAAUUAAUUGAACAAUUAUCGGAAAGAAUAAUGAAAGAAAGCGAGGGAACUAAGGGAGUUGUAUCAAGUCAAGAUUUAACCUCAAUGUUGAAGAAAUACUUGCCAAACAAACCAACGAGCGAUAUCAGUGAACUGAUAACAGCCGCAGAAAAAGAACAACCAACAGCAGACGAAAAUAUUGAUGUAACAAAACUUUUCGCUGUUGAUGAUGAAGAUAAUUAUGGCGAAUUUAUGCGUGCUUUAAAAAAACAAUUGAAUAAUGAUAAGCAACAUUCGGUAAAUGCUAAAGAUUUAGAAAAUACUAUCCGUACUGUAAAUUCACAAAUACGUCCCAAUGAACUUGCACACAUUGUUCAAUGGGCAUUUGAAGCAAAAGAUGGCAGUCAAGCUCCGACACUUAGUGUCAAUGAUAUUGUACAACGACUUCAAAAUAGUGUUUUCUAUCGACAACACACAUUGGUUUCCUAA